AUGUCGAAUUCUACUAAAACGCGCGAUUCUGCCCUCAAUGCCAUUAAACGGUAUAUGGCAAAAAGUAUUGAUGAGGGAUUCACUAUGGAUGCAGAAAAUAUGGCAAGCUACUUUCAGUUAUUGAGUGAACAAAAAUGUGCGUAUCCAAGCCGAAAUUUGGUACUCUACAACUUGAGCCGCGUGAAAAAUUGUCGUACUAAAUCGAAAGAUAGCUCUACAAAGGCAUCUGUGUCCACGGUUAUACGUUUACCGAAAAUGGAGUUGCCCACAUUCUCCGGUGACUCUACAGAAUGGAUUGGUUAUUUCGACGCGUUUUCCUCGUUAGUUGAUAGUAACUCUGCUUUAUCAGAUGGACAAAAGUUGCACUAUCUCCGAAGCUGCUUGAAAGGUGACGCGUUGAAAAUUAUCAGUGGUUUUAAAAUAUGUGACGCAAAUUACAUUGAAGCUUGGGGUCUAUUAACAUCGUGGUAUAUAGUUAUUCGCGUAAUUGUGGAAUCUCAUCUUCGCGCGUUGGCUGAAAUUAAAAGAGCUACGCAUGACAAUGCUGACGCAAUCAAAGGUGUAAUUGAUGCGUUCCAACAGCAUAUUCGCGAGCUUAAGGCAUUGGGUCGUCCGAUUGAUUUUUGGGAUGAUUGUGGACCUCAUAAAAUUUACAGUUGUGAAAAAUUUCGUGAAUUGGACUUGCCCACGAAAUCACAGUUCGUGAAGCAAGGUCGCAUAUGUUUCAACUGCUUAAGUUCAGGUCACUAUAAAGACCGUUGUAACAGUGCUUCCACUUGCCGCAUGUGUAAACAACGUCAUCACACCCUGUUGCACGGUGCUUUGCAUUCAACGACCGUUACCGCAAUGAACAAUUACAUCGGCAACGCGACACAUCCGUUAUGCGCUGCUGACGCCACAUCAAAGGUAAGCGCAAAAACUUUUGAACUUCCAGCAAGCGUCGACGUUCCACGCGUUUCUUCAUGCCUGAACUCGAGCUCCAGUCCACACAUAGCGGUAGAAAGAGUUGUGCUGUUAUCCACCGCAUUAGUGAAGGUACGUGACUGUUCUGGUAAUUGGCAGCCCGCACGUGCCCUUUUCGAUUCUGGAUCACAUGCUUCCUUUGUGACCGAGGCGUGUGUGCAACGCUUAGGCCUGCCGCGAUCAACAUCUGAAGUUAACAUUACUGGAAUUGGGUCAGCGCAAGGAGAACGAGCUAGAGGUGAAGUAUCACUUUCACUUUCUUCUUUCUCUACAAAUCAAUGCUUUACUUUCAAAACGUUAAUUCUGUCUAAAAUUACAAGCGAGUUGCCAACACAGACUAUAGCUACUUCAUCGCGGCCACAUAUCCGAGGUUUGUUUUUAGCCGAUCCCCAUUUUAUGAAGCCUGGGCGGGUCGAUAUAUUGAUUGAUAUGGAUGUUAUGGAUCAACUGAUCUUUACAGAACUUCGUAAGGGUCCAUCUGGAGCUCCUAUGGCUCAACUGACGAUCUUUGGGUGGACUCUGUUUGGAAGCGUGAAUGGAUCUGAGCCUGAUAUGCCACGCUUACAGUCGUUACAUUGCGAUGUUCAUUUGGAUCGAGCAUUAAACAAGCUAUGGGAGUUAGAGGAAGCUCCGCAAAAAACGUAUGAGGAGCGUUACUGUGAAGACCAUUUUGAAACAACGCAUCGAAGGGAACCUAACGGACGACUCGCUUGUGACUCCGAUCUUCGUUUACGCUACAAUGAAUUCAUGAAUGAACUCAUUGACAUGAAACAUAUGCAGGUCACGUCAGAGACUAUGAAUCUAACGUAUUAUUUGCCUCAUCAUCCUGUUUUAAAGGAAAGUAGUAUCACGACCAAAUUGAGGGUUGUACUUAACGCGUCCGCAAAAUCGACUUCCGGAAAUUCGCUGAAUGAAGCAUUAUUUGUAGGACCUCAAUUGCAAGAAGAUUUGUACACGAUCUUACUCCGCUAUGCUGUAACGGCAGAUGUCGCCAAAAUGUAUCGUCAAAUCUGCGUAUCCUUAAAACACGCCGAUUUGCAGCGCAUCGUAUGGCGUAGCCACCCAUCCCUGCCUAUCCAAGAUUUUCGCAUGGUUCGCGUAACGUACGGAGUGGCAGCUGCGUCUCAUCUAGCUGUCCGAUCACUUCAACAGACGGCAGGAGAGUCGUCGAAUGGUUGUGCUAGGGCUGUUAGUGUUAUUCUCAAGGAUUUUUACAUGGAUGAUCUACUUACUGGUGCAUCUAGUAAAGAAGAACUUCGAUUGUUGCAGCAAAAUAUUUCCGAAAUAUUGAGGGAAGGGGGGUUUGAACUUCGUAAGUGGGCAUCGAACUGCGCUGAACUAAUCAUAAGCAUUUCCAAUGCAUCUACGAACAUAUCACAUUAUAUUGUCGACGAUAAGGAUGUUCACGCUUUAGGUCUUAUCUGGAACACAGAAGGAGACUACCUCACGUUUACCAUUAACUUGAGGGAACCGCCAGUUAAGUUGACCAAGCGCAUGUUUCUAUUAGAUGCAAGUAUGCUCUUCGAUCCUCUAGGCCUACUUGCUCCCGUAACUAUAAAUUCAAAAAUUUGGUUUCAAGACAUAUGGCGCACUAAGGUAGGUUGGGAUGAUAUCAUUCCUGAGUCUAUCGCAACGAAGUGGUUGGAGCAUCGCAUAGAACUCAAGCAAUUGGCACAUUUGAAGGUGAGCCGUUGGUUUGGUACUGAAGUAGCUGGGUCAUUUACGCAAUUGCACGUAUUCGCAGACGCGUCCGAGCGCGCUUACGCCGCCGUUUUGUAUGCAUGA